GUACUGGGCUCGUUGGAAGAAAUAGUGAUGUAUCAGGAUGGCAUUAAAGCCGAAGGAAUUAAGGCUCUCGCAGAGUGUCUACGAUACAAUCGCAAUUUGAGAAUUAUUAAUUUCAAUGAUAAUACCUUCACAGAAUCCGGAGCUUUUGCUAUUGCAAAGGCGUUACGCAGACUGAAGAAUAUAGAAGUGCUAGACUUUGGGGAUUGUCUCUGCAGAAACCGAGGUGCUGACGCCAUCAUUGCCAGCCUUUCGGCAUCUUAUCAUUCGCGUCUAACGGUUCAUGUUUGCAAAUUAAUCAGUUUUGGUUAA